AUGUCUGCUGACUUUGCGAUCCUCUCCGAGUCCACGCUGCACGACCGCUACCUUCGGGUCGAGAGUCGGCUUGUGCGCUACCCGGACGGCCGAGAGGUUGCGUUUGACAUCGUGGGUCACCCAAAGAACGAGCACCACUUCGUCGUCGUCUUUGUCUACUUUACCGCUCGCCGCUCGGCCGUGCUGCUCCGCGAGUUUGCCCAGGCUGCGCUGCCGCAGCGUGGCUCGCUCGCAAACCUGCCGACGGGGGGCUUCGAUCCGCGCAAGCACGCGAGCCGCGCGGAAGCCGCACGCGCCGAGCUGUCCGAGGAGGCGCAGCUUCGCGGCGGCGAGUGGGUCUGCCUCCUUCCGCCCGACCACCCCGGCGUCCUCGAGGCAAAGUGGUGCCGCAACCGCUUCACUCCCUUCCUCUGCAUCGACCCGGAGCCCGACCCGGCUCACGGCGCACUCGACGCCGAGGAGCACCUCACGGCGCAGGAGGUGCCGCUGCAGGCGGUCUUGUCGGCGAUGCACGGCGGCGACAUGCUGCUCCCCGCCGUCCACACUUGCAGCUGCGCCCUCGCCUGGCUCAGGCAGCACCGCAGGGUCGUCGACUCGCCGCUCGCGCCGCCAGGCGGCUGCGAAGGCGGCCGUGGGAGAGGCUUCACUGUGCGCCGCCUCUCCCGCGCCUCCGAUGCCUCGCUCUACGGCCGCUGCCUCGGCUUGCGCGCGUCCCUCCUCUGGCCGCGCGAAUCGCCGCCGCCGUCCGCUGCCGACUACGACACCGCUGACGGCGAGGCGACCUUCUUCGCGGCCGUGCGGUGCACGGGCCAGGGCGGGGAGGAGGAGGCGGAGCUCCUGGGCACCGCGAUGCUGCACGACGGCAGGCUGCGGCAGGUGGUCGCAGUGCCCGCCGCGAGGGGGCAGGGCGUCGGCGCCGCGCUCGUCAGCGCGGCGGCGGAAGCCGCUCGCGCCGAGGGGCGCGACGAGCUCUCCGUGGGGGCUUGGGCGACCAGCGAGACCUUCUACUCGCGAUGCGGCUUCGAGCCGGACAGCGAGCCGUACGAGUCCAACGGCAUGAGCUGCCGCAGGCUGCGGCUGAGACUGGCGCAGGCUGGCGCGUGA